GGCGGUAAUGCGACUAUAAACUACCGCCAACAAACCACCAAAGAAGAGGACGAAGAAGAGGAAGCAGAAGAAGAGGAGGAGGAGGAAAAACGGAAAAACGUCCAACAGAAACGAAGGUACAGACAGCCCACUGUUCAGAUACCACGCCAGGUGGAGAAAAAAAGGGAUUACUGUGCUUGUCAUGUUACCUGUUAGCUGACUCUUUCUAAGACAUCAUGGACGACAGUGAUUUAAUGGAUAGGGUCACGCCUUCGGGCAGCUCCCUUGGGGAUGCAGCGUCUGCUGCAGGCCAGAGUGCAUACGGUGAAGAUGAGGAAGAUGAUGGUCUCUACUACAUCCCUGAAAGAAGACCUUCUCUUGACCUGGGGACAAGUCCCAUGGAUACUAGCCAAUGGCAUUAUGUGGAUCAGGCCAACUCCCCAGUUCUGAGCUACAGCUCAAUGUCAAGUGAGAAAUCUGAAAAAAUGGAAAAACUCGAUGAAUCUUUGACAAGGGGUGUCAAACAUACAGCCUGCGGGCCAGAACAGGUCCGUGAAAGGGUCCAAUCCAGCCCACUGGAUAACUUUGAAAACAUCCAGCUGGUUAGAGCAGACUCAUACUCCAGCUGCUACACCUUGGACAGUGAUGACUGUGAAAACAGAAUCCCCAAGGUUAGAAACAAAGAGGAUACCGUCCCAGAGUCUCCUGACGCCCUUGUGUUAUUGCAUGACCCAAAUGAGAUUAGGCAUCCUUCCCUGACAGUGGAUUUUACUUUUAAGGCUAUUUCUAAAACCCUUGGGAAGCUGUCAGAGGGAGAAAUGCAUUACUUCAAGAGGAUUCUGUGGAAGCGUUUCCCGCAGUCGUUCAAUACUCCUCCCCAAGGCAUGGACUUGGUGGACCUUGUGGACAGGUUGCUCGAGUGUUACAACUUGGAGGUUUCUUUGAAGUUGACCAAACACGUUCUUGAGGAAAUAGGGAAAAAGAAGAUGGUUGAUUAUCUCCAGGCUUUACGUAUCAGAAAUGAGGUAAGAUACGAUUUACGUCAAUCUCUGAAGAGGAUAUACGGGGAAAUGGGAGACGAUUCAAGCAAGCAGGGAGAGAUGAGGUCCAUUGAUGAUGUCUUUACCAAUCUCAACAUAAAGUCAACAAGUGAUAAUGGCCCAAUUCUUGAACAUGAGGUCUUGAAAAUAGAUAAGCUUGACAGCAACCGGAAGGAAGGGAAACAGCUUUCUGUCCAAGAUCUCAUGAGUAAAGAAUGGUUGGACAAAACAAAUCUGAGGUUUCUUUUGAUCACUGGAGGGGCGGGCUCAGGGAAGUCUAUGGCGAUCAAAAAGUUGAUCCUCGAUUGGGUUGAAGAAAAGUCUCACCAACACGUGUCAUUUUUGGUUCCUCUGCCGUUCAGAGAACUCAAAAAGUUUGAGGAUAAGAAGAUCUCCCUGUUGGACAUAGUAAAUGAACUCUACCCGGAAACAAAACAAUUGAGGGAUGAGGACUACAGAAGUGACGAGUGCUUAAUACUGUUCGUCUUUGAUGGCCUUGACGAGUUCUGCGAGAAGCUUGACUUUCAGAACACCGAGCUUCUCGGUGACCACGCAGAACCCACUAGCCUGAACAUCAUCAUGGUCAACCUCCUCAGAGGAAGGCUGCUGUUCCGCGACAUCUUCAUGUUGACUUCUCGGCCGCUGGUAAGGCGCUGCAUCCCUUGGGAUACGCAUUAUGAUGAGCUCGACUUGCGAGGUUUCCUGGAAUCUGAUAAGGACGAGUACUUUAAGAAGAGGUUUAAGAACCAAGAUCAUGCAGAUCAAGUCAUCGCAUACACCAAGUCUUUGAAAACCCUCCGCAUCAUGUGUUACUUGCCCCUGUUUUGCUCACUGGUGGCAGAUGAGUGUGAGAAUAUCUUUCGGGCAAAGGGUCUACAGGCAGAGCUGCCCAAGAGCCUCACCUACAUGUACACAAAGCUGCUACUGGCGCUCACACGGCAGUAUCGUGUAGAUGGAGCUCCACCUCUUAGCCCAGAAGAAGAGAGAGACUGUCUGAUGAAACUUGGAAAGACGGCCCUCACCAUGCUUGAAAAAGGCCAGUUCAAGUUGACCAGGUGUGAAUGGAAAGAGGUUGGAGUCAGCGAUGAUGAGGCAGUGGUUAACAGCGGACUGUGCACACAAUAUGUCACGAAGCCAUUCAUCUUGUUUCAAGAGAGAGUCAUAAGCUUUAUCCACCCCACCAUGCAGGAGUACCUGGCUGCCCUUUAUGUGUUUCUCUCCUUCAGAAACCAUGGGAAGAACAUUUUUGAGCAGCAGCUGAAAGACAGGUUCUCGCGGAUGUUCAAGGGGCACAAAGCUAUGGAGAUGUACAAGAGCGCUGUGGACAAAAGCCUCACUUACGAUGAUGGCAAACUGGACAUGUUCCUGCGUUUCCUGUUUGGAAUGGUGCUUCACGUUAACGUGGACCUUCUCAAACCGUUCUGCACCAACUCUUCGAAGUGGCCGAAUAUGGUCGAUGAUGCUGCCACCCUGAUCAAGAAGAGGAUCAAAGAAAAUCAGUAUCCUGGCAGGAAUGAAAACCUGCGACGCUGCUUGGAGGAGCUGGGUGUGAGUACCUGAGAGGCGUCGUCGCUUUAAAACAAUGAUCACUGUACAAAAUCAUUGUGCAAGUAUCAGGCUUUCACUUGAAAUCCAAUCAUAGAAUAAACAAAUGCACUAAUGAAGCCUUAAACCAUUUAACAGCUAAACAUGCAUACACUGAUGUACCAAAGAUGUGAUACUCUUAAUUUUCUUUGAAAGAAAUAAGGAUGUUUGUGUGGAUUUACAGAAUCCAUAAGAUACGAGUGGCCUUUAUGUUUUUCCUCUUAUGCACAAUCACAGAUUUUUGAUUGACAUUUAUAACUUCUUGCCUUUCCAGCCAGUCUAUUCUUGUGCCUAAAAUGUCUUAGUCUUAAAAUUAAUUUAAAUAUUUUUGUAUGUAUUUAGUGACAAAAUAUAAUGCAUAACAUUAUUAUUGCGAUGGUGUAUUUUAAAGUUUGUCAAUUACUAUUAAGUUUUGUUAAUUAGAUAUUUCUGCUUGUUUUUGCUGCUAUUACUGCUUUGUACAUGUUAAUUGCAUUGAGUAAAUUUUGAAAAGCAUCUGUGAUCCCUGUAGUUUACAUCUCUGCUAUACAUUCACCCAU